AUGUUAUUUAAAUAUGACUUUUAAGAUAUUAACCUUACUAUCUCACUACAAUCUUCACUUUCAUCCAACUAACUAAUCCAUCUAUCUAAUCUCAUUUUAUUUAGCACAUAUUUUUUAGCAUUUCAGGUAGCCAAAAAACCGAAUAUCGACUCAAUCUAUCUACUCAAUUUAUCAAUCGAACUAAUAUUCUCUAAGCUCUUUCUUCCUUUGACUUUUUUAAGAAGCAAACAAACAAAUAAAUAAAUAAAGCCUCUAUAUAUAAUAAAAGUUAAAAUUAGGGAUAUUAUUACCAAAAUUAGCUAGCAAAAUCAUAUAUCUAGCCAGGCUAGUAAAGCAUUCAAAAAAGCAAUUAAUCAAAAGGCCAAUAGCUAGCAUUUAAGCCAUCAGUUUUAACAAAAACUACAAACUAACAGGGAGAUUAUCUACAAUUUAUAUCAAUUUACAAGUAAACAAACCUAGCUGUUUCUUUAGGUUAUUAUUUUAGCAAAAAAUAAAGCUUACUCUAAGAUACUAUUUUGUUCAGCUUUGAUUUUGUAUUUAAAGAAUCUUCAUCUCCUGCAAACAACAAAUAAAAAAGGAAGAAAGUAGCAAGCAAAAAAAUUCACACACACACACAUCAUUCAUAUAUCAUUUACUUCGGUUCGGUUUUAUUAGCUCAAUUAGACUUAAUAUUUUUUGAAUUAAAUAUCUUACUGA